AUGUCUUACAAGGAAGCAGGGAUCUCUCAUCUCAUCUUGGAUAUCAUCCUCGAGUAUGCUCUCAACAAGUUUGACCCUGUACAGGACCGAUUGCAGGGGGCUGCGAAUAACUUCCUGCCAAUCAUUGAACGAUUUGUCGUUGCAGGCACGCGAAUAGAGGCUUGUCUCCCUGCAUUCCCGUUCAAGUCGGCGAACAAAGUAUACAAGGUGCUCGGGGGCCUGCCCGAUAAAGCUGAAGAGCUGGCCCUUGACCGUUUGAAUACCAUGUGCGCGCGUGUUCGGGAAGUAUACUCGCCUGGCCUUCAAGUGACUAUUAUCUCGGAUGGCAUCACAUACAAUGAUACGUGGGCUUACGGAGAGGCUCUACGCAAGAUGGCCGCCCAGAAGCAGUACAAAUACAUUGUUUUCUCCAGAAUAAAAGACCUGCUCGAUAUCCCUCUGCCAGAAGAGAUGAGCGAAGUCGUCUACGUCGCUAACUGUACCACUUUCCGCCGAUUGCUCCUCAACAAGUAUGAGAGAGUCGACCUUGACAUCGACCACGAGAUUGCCUCGAAUCCUGAUACCAAGCUGACCUACCUCGGAUACAGGAGGUUCCUGGAGUCUGAUCUGAAGUACAUCUUCCCUCGAGGGGCGCAUCGGUCUGCCCACAGCUACAAGCGAGAUUGCAAGUAUCUUGCUAAGCAGAUGCUGAUAAGAGGUGAUGCUUUUGCACAGGCAAUCAGAAUCUCUUUUCCUAAUCAUUUGCGGCUUUCCAUUCACGAGUCAGUGGCCGGCACUAAGCUAUCGAUAUCCCUGCUGAACACCAAGACUGGCUUCACCACUCCAUGGCACUGCAGCGUCGCUCAGCUGGCGGACGGGCAGUGGAUCAGCGCUCCGAUGGGCGAAUUCAGCAAGGACGACAGGCUGGAGCUCGUGUACGCGGACGGCCGCCCCAGUCACUUUAGGGAGAAGCCACGAGAGGGGGACGAUUUCGGCAUCAGCGAGACCACAGCGAGCUACCUCCAACGACCUAAACGACUCAGCGCCAGUGAAUAUCUCGGCGGACCUUUUACAUCCGACCCCGUCUCACCCGGAUUGUCUUCACCCAGUACUUCUUCCACCUCGUCUUGUGCGAGCAUGGAAGGCAGCGCAGCAACCACACCGGAAACACACUCUCCUCCCACCUUCGCGUUGAGCGGUUUGGGGAUCGUCGCGGAGGACAAUUCAAACAAUGCUUCAGUACCAUACGGCAAAAGGCUCAUCCCUCAGAUCAUGGACAGCUUGGCUGCCGCCGAGCCGGAACGUAUUGUUUUCUCACUGACGACGUUUUCUGGCGAUUCACUUGAGUUCAGGCACAUUUCUGCUCGCGCCUUUGCCAACGCUGUUGACAAGACCGCUUGGUGGCUUUAUAACCAGGUUGGCAGACCAGACUUCAUCCAGCCUGUGGGCUACAUUGGACCACAUGAUCUACGACACGUCCUGCUGACCUAUGCAUGUGUCAAAGCUGGUUACGCAGUAAGUCAUUGA